AUGCAGUGUUUCAUAUGUGUGACAUAUCUUAUGAUCAUAGUCACCGCGCGUCCACCAAGGGUUCGAGAAAUUUCCAAAACAGUUGAAAAGCGGUCUAUAUUCAAUGACGUCAUACAAUCACUUCGAAUGCGAGCACAAUUACCCGAAGAUAUCAAUUUAAAUGACGAAAAUAAUUUAGGACUCAAUUACGACAGAUAUGGAAUUGAAAAUGAAUCUCUUCAGUUACCUAAUGAUCUCGAUUUCUUGCCGCGACGAAACGACCGACUAGAAAUGCCGCCAAUUAAAUAUCGUUUUCCAAAAAGUCUUAUGAGCAACGAUAGUAUUAAUAAUCCAGAGAGUUCUAAAGAAGAAAUUGUUCUGUAUGUGAAUACGCCCGGCGAAUAUAGCGAAUUAAAUCCUACCACAGAGAAACCAAAGAAACAAAAGCGACCAAGACCACCUGUUAACAAAAACAAAUAUACAAACAAGAGUGAAGAAGAUGUUAAAGAAUCAGAAGCAAUGAAUGAUAAACCAUUUAUGAAUACAAUGGCUGGACAAAGCCAAAUAGGUAAUCGAGAAUCUCAAACCGUGGUAAAACCGACCGUGAUUGUUAAUUUCAGAGGAUCUGUCAUGCACCGGGAAAGUGACAUUAGACUUGAAAAAAGACGAAAUGAAAAUAAUACAGUAAUACCACAAAAUAUUUUUAAUAUAAAUCAAGAAAUUAAAGUUGAAAGAAAUGACGCGCGAAUGCAAGCCGUUGACAGCGUGAAGAGCUUAAAUUUAAAACAAAAUAUAAAUAUUAAAAAUCAUCCAAUAGAUGAAGACAUGAUAAUGUGCGAAACUUCUUCAUCGAAAGAUAAGGAAGAAAAAAAGCGAUCAGAUCGUAAAUAUAAUGUCUUGCAAAUAAGGUUUACAAUUUAA